AUGGCAGGUAAAAGCUUGGAGGAUCGGCUUGUGGAGCGCUUCAUGCGUUACUCCGCCAUCUCCAGUCAGAGCAACCCGGCGAAUGUCGGAAAGUGCCUCCCGACGUCUCCUGGGCAGCAGGAACUCGCUGAGCUUCUUGCCGCGGAGCUGCGUGCCAGCGGUCUGGAGGACGUUGUGUGCGACGACCACGCGACGGUGACGGCAGUCAAACGGGGGCGCAGGAAGGAUUGCCCGACCAUCGGCUUUAUUGUCCACCUUGACACGGUUGACGUUGGCCUCAGUCCUGUUGUGAAGGCUCAGAAGCUGCGCUACGAGGGCGGAGAUAUUUGUCUCAACAAGGAGCAGGACAUUUGGCUGCGUGUGGCGGAACACCCCGAGAUUGAACGGUACGUGGGCGAAAACAUAUUGUUCAGCGAUGGCACGAGUGUUCUUGGCGCGGAUGACAAGGCGGCCGUGACGACCGUGAUGGAGAUGAUCACAAGCCUGCAGCCAGAUGAAGAGCAUGGAGACAUCAUUGUCUGUUGCGUCCCUGAUGAGGAGGUUGGCCUUCUCGGUGCCAAGAAUCUUGACAUUAAGUCCCGCUUCAAUGUUGACUUUGCCUACACACUUGACUGCUGUGAGCUGGGCGAGGUGUUGUACGAGAACUUUAACGCUGCCAAGACUACCAUCACGUUUACGGGUGUCACGGCGCAUCCCAUGACGGCGAAGGGGGUUCUGGUGAAUCCGUUGUUGAUGGCCGUUGACUUCAUUUCACGGUUUGACCGCAAAGAAACCCCGGAGUGCACGGAGGGUAAGGAAGGCUACCAAUGGUUAGCCGAAAUGACCGCAACUCAGAACGAGGCCGUCCUUCACGCGAUGAUUCGUGAGUUUGAUUUGAAUAAGUUUAAGGAGCGCAAGCAGAAAAUGAUUGAGGUGGCCAACGAGAUUCAGCAGCUGCACCCCACCGGCCGUGUGCAGGUACACACGGAGGAUGUGUACCGUAACAUUUCCGACUUUUUGGGCGAGGACCGCACGGCGCUCGAUAUUAUUUUUGAGGCAUUGAGCAUUUUGGGCGUGGAGCCGAAAGUGAUAGCGAUGCGUGGCGGAACCGACGGGGCGGUACUCUCCUCGAAGGGCAUCGUGACGCCAAAUUACUUCACCGGUGCGCACAACUUCCACUCGAAGUUUGAGUUUUUGCCUCUCUCGUCACUUGCCAAGUCGUAUGAAUUGACGCGGCAAAUUGUUUUUCUGGCGGCCAAACGCGUGAAGCCAAGACUGUGA